CGCACUCACUGAAGAGAAAGAAGCCAGAGGAGCAUCAAAACAUUUAAACCACAGCCGAGAGAGAAGGGUUAACGAGAGAGGGAGGCAAGGUGGAAAACGGCAGUGUGUUCAGAAUGAAGACUUAAAACGCUGAGUCUCGUAAUAACCCAGGCGAACCUGCAAAAAACCCGGCGCGCCUCAGUGUCACCGCGCCUGGAGGAACCCUGGAUGAUUGCGGUGUGCAGAGCUUCAGCACCUGCGGAGAGGACAGUUCCUCCAGACCCGAGUGUUCUGCUGCUGCUGCCGGUGCGAGGAAAACACUCCAGUUUGACUCUGACUGUGCCUCUGCAAGUCUGGAACAAGUCCCAACAUCCACAGACGGAGAGAUCCGCGACUGACUGACUGUGCUCAAUAUGUACCAGGGGCAUUCACAGGGGAAAGACUCUAGGGCUGCAGAUAAGACUGUUGCCAUGGUCCUGAAGGAGAUACCAAGUAAGGCGUCAUCAGAAGGGAAGCCCCUCCUCACUGUGACUACCAAGCUGGUCAGUGAGCAACAAGAGAGCCGUCCACUCCUAAGCCCUUCCAUUGACGAUUUCCUCUGCGAGACAAAGUGUGAUGGGGUUUCCCGCCCAGUGACUUCUAACACAGCAGUUCUGUCUUCAACACUGGACCUGCUGGACCUCAGUGAACCCAGCGAGAGGAGGAACAGUAAGGACAGGAAGAGUCUGCUAACAUCGCACAGUGACGGACAGAAGAACAACCCACACAGGAAGAAAACAGACGAGACAGAGCUGAUCCAGGUGGAAGUUGAACAUACAAGACCGAUGAGAAUCCCAGAGAGAGCAUCGAUUGACUUGGGUAGAGGAGUGACCAUUGUUUCACCGUUGGAUAAAUGGGAAGAGUUGAACCCAAACACAGAGAGAAAUGGAAACAGAAAAUGGAAGCUGGAAAGACGCCGGUCAUCCAAAAAUUCGUCCAAUGAAUUUCUGUGGAGCAUUGACUGUAAAACUCAGUUGGAGUCAUCAAAUAAAAGCUCCUUGGAAUCAAACACUAAAGUGGAGCCGGAGUCUGCCCUAGCAUCUCAACUCAACAGGCAGUAUAUUAGUGGAAGACAUGCUCGUCUAACAAAGGAGCAGCGGUGGGGCAGUGCCCUCCUGUCCAGACAUCAGUCCCUGGAGGAAGAGUUUGAGCGAGCCAAGGCUGCUGUUGAGUCAGAUACAGAGUUUUGGGAUAAGAUGCAAGCAGAGUGGGAGGAGCUUGCUCGGCGGAACUGGCUGACAGAGAACGAGCAGGCCCAAAUUCCCUCCAGCGUCUCACCACAUGAGAAGGGUUACUACUUCCACACAGAUAAUCCUUAUAAGGACUUCCCCAACGCAUUUGAAGAGGGACAAAAGAAAUCUCGAGAGGGAGACCUGCCAAAUGCUGUCCUACUUCUGGAAGCAGCUGUCUUGCAAGACCCUCAUGAUUCAGAGGCAUGGCAAGUGUUGGGGACCACCCAGGCUGAAAACGAGAACGAGCAGUCAGCGAUUGUCUCCCUCCAAAGGUGUUUGGAGCUCCACCCAAACAACCUACUGGCCCUCAUGGCUCUGGCAGUGAGCCUGACCAACACUGGUAUGCGCCAUGAUGCCUGUGAGGCCCUGCUGCGCUGGUUGAGACACAAUCCUAAAUACAAGCACCUGCUGAAGGGCAAGACCCACCUGAUGGGAUCCCCAAACUCCCAGCGCAGGAUGUCACAUGUUCCCAACAUGAACAGACAUGAAAGCUCCCUGCUACCAGAGGUCAAGGAGCUCUUCCUGGAAGCAGGUCAGCACAACUCGGAGAGUGUCGAUCCAGAUUUGCAGACGGGCCUCGGGGUGCUCUACAACCUCAGUGGAGAGUUCAACAAAGCUGUAGAUGCCUUCAAUACAGCGCUGUCAGUGCGGCCCGAGGACUACUUAUUGUGGAACCGCCUGGGCGCCACACUGGCAAAUGGAGAUCGGAGCGAAGAGGCAGUGGAGGCUUACACACGAGCCCUCGAGCUGCAGCCAGGAUUCAUUAGGUCUCGCUACAACCUGGGUAUCAGUUGUAUUAACCUGGGGGCUCACAGAGAGGCUGCCAGUAACUUCCUGACUGCCUUGAGCCUUCAAAGGAAAAGCCAAAGUCGCCAGCAAUCGCACCAGGUGAUGUCUGGAAACAUCUGGUCUGCUCUGAGGAUAGCUUUGUCAAUGAUGGACCAGCCUGAACUGUUCCAGGCCGCAAACAUUGGUGACUUGGAUCUUCUAAUGCGAGCCUUUAACCUUGAUAUUUGAGGAACAGGAGGAAGUAAUGAUAGCAUUGCCCCAUUCGCUUAUUCUCCAGAUUUUAUCCAACAGCCAAAAGCCCAAAGUGCACACGUCUGAAAAGUUCAGAUCUGAUGUUUUUAUGCACGUCCAGUAACAGUUGCAGUUGUCAGAGUUAUUAUAUUUUUCUUGGCCAGGUACCUUGGACCAGAUUUGAGGACAACUUCUUCCAAGUGCUAGAAGUGACUACUUUGUGAUGGAUUUGCACUGCAAUUUGUGAUUUCCCUGAAGAGCACAAGGACAGGCAAAGAUUGUACAAGCAAUGCCUUAGAGAACACAUCAAUUAAAAACUGACUCAUCCAGUGGAACAGAGCUGAGCCAUGAGUGAGAGACAGACGGACAGUUUGAGAAACCCACUGAAGAAACCAUUUGCAGGGUAAAGAUGAGAUUUGAAAGUGAAAGAAAAAAAAAAAAA